GAAUCCAUUAUCAGUAAACUCGGGUGAACAUUCAAGUUUCGAAUUGAAUUCUUGUCCAAUGUGUACACGGAGUUUGUGUUUCCAAUCCAACUAUUGAAAUGAUUCUUAAACAUUCAACUUUUUUCCUUUGCUUAAUCAUCUAUUUAAGCUCUUCAAUCCAUUCCACUCACGGACAAGUGAUGGCACCAGGAUCGUUGUGGCCAAGACGCGUGAUAAUCCCAUAUGAAAUUGACCCAGCCUUAGACCCACAUAGAGCAACUAUUCUAGCCGCCAUGAACGAAAUCAGCGGAACUACUUGCAUUAAAUUUAGACCUCGAUACAAUCAGUCACGUUAUUUGAACAUCAAAUCUUCACAAAAGUAAGUUUACG